AAAUUUAAUAGUUGAUACAAAAUGUGGAUUUAAGACAUACGAAGAGGGAAGACUUCCAGUUUGUACACUAACUGCUCCCAAAAGCAUCAAACAAAAUAUCAAUUGAAACUAUCGAUUCUAUUAGUAAACCUUCAUCAUGCGAUUUUUUCACCAUCAGCAAGUUUGAUGGGAGAUAGCAGCCCAGAGGUAGUGUCAGGAGAGGAGACGUUUAUACCUUACAACCGACGAUCAGACUGGGCGGAUAUACAGCCUGUGCCUCAGGAUGAUGGACCUGCCCCUGUUGUUGCUAUUGCCUACUCUGAACAAUUCCGGGAUGUAUAUGAUUAUUUCCGUGCAGUACUUAAGAAGAAUGAGAAAUCAGAAAGAGCAUUGGAAUUAACAGUUGAUGCCUUAGAAUUAAAUCCAGCCAACUAUACAGUAUGGCAAUACAGGCGUGAAAUAUUGAAAGAGCUGAAUAAAGAUUUAAACAACGAACUGGAUUAUGUGAAGACUAUAAUAAGAGAGCAUCCUAAAAACUACCAAGUGUGGCAUCAUCGGCGGGUGAUAAUUGAGUGGAUUGGUAGGCCUGGUGAUGAGUUGGAUGUGACGGCUGAGUUUCUACAGGAGGAUGCUAAGAAUUACCACGCCUGGCAACACCGACAGUGGGUCAUCAUGACCUUCAAAUUAUUCGAUAAUGAAAUGGACUAUGUAAACCAACUUAUAGAAGAAGACAUUCGAAACAAUUCUGCCUGGAACCAACGAUAUUUUGUGAUCAACCAUGCUUACAAUUUCAACCCUGAUCUUAUUUCCUCAGAAAUAACUUAUACUAUGAACAAAAUUAAAAUUGUACCCAAAAAUGAGAGCCCUUGGAACUAUCUAAAAGGGCUCCUGCUUCACUUGGAGGCAGGUAUUUGUGAGCCAAAAGUACUGGACUUCUGUCACAGCCUGUACAAGGAAGGUUGCAGGUCACCGCAUUUGUUGGCAUAUCUGGUGGAUGCAGCUAUAGAACGACUGGAGCAUGGGGAUCCCAACGCAUCUCAACUCAAGGAAAAUGCCAAAAAGUUGCUGAAUGAACUAGCAGAUCAACAUGACAAAAUCAGAGCUCAGUACUGGAAGUACAUAGAGACAACAUUAGAAAGUGUGGCAGUGGCUUGACUAAUAAAUCAAUUAUAACAAA